CUUUUUUUUUUUUUUUUCCUGUCUUAGAAAACUCGGCCAACUCAGCCACACAAUAUGGAAUCCAAUAACACAAUACACACAACCAACUAAAGGUAGACGUGUAAUCUAACUCCCCACCCAUUUUCUUUGCUUUAUUCUCACAUCUUAUAUCUGGCUUGAGCUCCUCACAGCCACCCCCGUGCAAUGCAAUAAUCCUGUGUAAUCUUCUUUUCUUUCUCCCAGAACCCACCAUCAAGAACCAAGAAAGAAAACCCUAGACUACUUGAAGAAUGAAGUCUUGUCUUCCAUUAGAACCAAGCAAAACUCAUCACCAACUUAUCCAUAAUAAUCACAUUGAAACACAGAGUUUCUUGUCCUAUGAUCAUCAUCAUCAUUACCAAGAAAGUGAUGGGAAGAAGAUUACUGAUUUAAAAUGCAUACCCUCAAAGACUCCGACCCUCCCAGUACUCCGUCAGGCAGGAGAUGAUGCAAUGAAGGUGGUUAGAGAAGAACAGUUAUUGCAGGAUGAUUGUGGACGUGAAAGGCUCAAGAGACAUAGGAUUGAGGCUGCAGGUAGAGUUUGGAUCCCUGAUAUUUGGGGUCAUGAGGAGCUUUUGAAGGAUUGGAUUGAUUGUUCUGUGUUCGAAGCUUCUUUAAUGCCUAACAGGAUUAUGUCCGCUCGUGCAGCUUUGGUUGAACAAGGAAGAAGAAGAGCUUCCUGCACUCCUGGAAGAUUAAGAAUAGAAAACAGGUGUUGAUCCAUUAUUGG